AUGGAAUAUACAUAUCAAUAUUCAUGGAUCAUACCGUUCAUCUCACUUCCAAUUCCUAUCUUAAUAGGAGUGGGCCUUCUACUUUUUCCGACGGCAACCAAAAACCUUCGACGUAUGUGGUCUUUUCCGAGUAUUUUAUUGUUAAGUAUAGUUAUGAUUUUUGCAGUUUAUCUGUCUAUUGAUCAAAUAAAUACUAGUUAUAUCUAUCAAUAUGUAUGGUCUUGGACUAUCAAUAAUGAUUUUUCUUUAGAGUUGGGCUACUUGAUCGAUCCACUUACUUGUAUUAUGGCAAUAUUAAUCACGACUGUUGGAAUUAUGGUUCUUAUUUAUAGUGACAAUUAUAUGUCUCAUGAUCAAGGAUAUUUGAGAUUUUUUGCGUAUAUGAGUUUGUUCAAUACGUCAAUGUUGGGAUUAGUUACUAGUUCGAAUUUGAUCCAAAUUUAUAUUUUUUGGGAAUUGGUUGGAAUGUGUUCUUAUCUAUUAAUAGGUUUUUGGUUCACUCGACCUACUGCGGCGAAUGCUUGUCAAAAGGCAUUUGUAACUAAUCGCGUAGGGGAUUUUGGUUUAUUAUUAGGAAUUUUAGGUCUUUAUUGGACAACGGGGAGUUUUGAAUUUCGGGAUUUAUUUAAAAUAUUCAAUAACUUGAUUGAUAAUAAUGAGGUUAAUUUAUUAUUUGUUACUUUGUGCGCCGUCCUAUUAUUUGCAGGUGCAGUUGCUAAAUCUGCUCAAUUUCCUCUUCAUGUAUGGUUACCUGAUGCUAUGGAGGGUCCUACCCCCAUUUCGGCUCUUAUACAUGCUGCUACCAUGGUAGCAGCGGGAAUUUUUCUUGUUGCUCGGCUUCUUCCGCUUUUUAUAGUAAUACCUUACAUCAUGAAUCUAAUAGCUUUGAUAGGUAUAAUAACAGUACUAUUUGGAGCUACUUUAGCUCUUGCUCAAAAAGAUAUUAAGAGAAGUUUAGCCUAUUCUACAAUGUCUCAAUUGGGCUAUAUGAUGUUAGCUUUGGGUAUGGGGUCUUAUCAGGCUGCUUUAUUUCAUUUGAUUACUCAUGCUUAUUCAAAAGCGUUGUUGUUUUUAGGAUCGGGGUCCAUUAUUCACUCAAUGGAAUCGGUUGUUGGAUAUUCUCCAGAUAAAAGUCAGAAUAUGGUUCUUAUGGGUGGUUUAACAAAGCAUGUGCCAAUUACAAAAAAUGCUUUUUUAUUAGGUACCCUUUCUCUUUGUGGUAUUCCACCCCUUGCCUGCUUUUGGUCCAAAGAUGAAAUUCUUAAUGAUAGUUGGUUGUAUUCACCGAUUUUCGCAAUAAUCGCCUGUUCCACAGCAGGAUUAACAGCAUUUUAUAUGUUUCGCAUCUACUUACUUACUUUUGAUGGACAUUUAAACCUUUAUUGUAAAAACUAUAAUGGAAAAACAAAUAACUCCCUUUAUUCAAUAUCAUUAUGGGGUAAAGAAGGAUCAAAAAUCAUUAAAAAAAACUUUCCUUUCUUCUCAUUAUUAACAAUGAAUAAUAAUGAAAGGUCUUCUUUUUGGAUAAAAAAAAAAACAUCUCAAUUUAAUAGUAAUGUAACAAAAAUUAUGCGCCCGUUUGUUAGUAGUCCCCAUUUUAGUACUAAAAAUACUUUUUAUUAUCCCUAUGAAUCAGAUAAUACUAUGCUAUUUCCGAUGUUUGUGUUAUCCCUAUUUACUUUGUUUGUUGGAAUCAUAGGAAGCCCGUUCACUCAAUUCAAUCAAGAAGCAAUUGAUUUGAAUAUAUUAGACAAAUGGUUAACUCCGUCUAUAAACUUGUUACAUGAAAGUUCAAAAGAUUCUGAAAAUUGGUAUGAAUUUCUUAAAAAUGCAACUUUUUCUGUGACUAUAGCUUAUUUCGGAAUAUUUAUAGCGUCUUUCUUCUAUAAGCCCACUUAUUCAUCUUUACAAAAUUUGAAUUUUCGUAAUUCAGUUGUUAAAAAUUUUACUAAGAAUUUUUUUUUUGAAAAAAUUAUAAAUAUAAUAUAUAAUUGGUCAUAUAAUCGUGGUUACAUAGAUGCUUUUUAUCGAAUAUCCUUAAUUGGGGGUAUAAGAAUAUUAGCUGAAUUAACUUAUUUUUUUGAUCGACGGAUAAUUGAUGGAAUUAUCAAUGCGGUGGGUAUUCUUAAUUUUUUUGUAGCAGAAAGUAUUAAAUAUGUAGGAGGUGGUCGAAUCUCGUCUUAUAUCUUGUUGUAUUUAGCUUAUUUAGUUAGUUUUAUAUUAUUAAUUUACUUUGUUUUUUUCUAA